UUACCCCAUCUCCCUAUUUUUUACGAUUUUUCUUCAAAAAUGCUGAAAAAUCUAUCGAUUUUCUUGUUAUUUUCCAUGUUUUUAAUAAAUAUUCAUUGUUUCGAAGAGUUUUCCGAUUUUAAUCCAUGCAACGUCGACGAUUCCACGUGUAUGCCAUUGGAGGAUUUCGAUCAAAACUGCACCUGCAUUCUUCUAUCAGAUGACAAAUUCUUCAAUGUGACCGAUGAUGUGUACCUCUUCAUGACCGGCUACCCGAUUCACAUGUCCUACAUAACGCAAACCGAAAUCGCGAAGCUUUUCCGCAAAAAGCUGUCGAUUCGAAUUCCAAAGUUUCAAUAUUACGAUGCAUCGGAGCCCGACACAAAUUUGUAUCAACAAAUGAAAAUCGAGGAGAAAAUGACACUUUUCGUGGUUUCCACGGAGAAAAACACGGAAAUUAUGAAAUAUUUAAUCUAUAAUCAGUUUUUGCGCACCGAAGCGAUCACAAAAUCCGACAAUCGUUGGUGUAUGGAGGGAGAAUGCAAUGCUUUUGUCUACGAAUCCAGUACAAUUAAUCGGACAAUUGGAGUCUACUCACACGCGGCUGAUCUUCUUCAAAUUAUCGAAUAUCGCGGUAGAUCGAUUUUCGCGGUUUCAAGCGUCUACGGAGAGUUUAGUGUGCCGAAGAUUCAACGUCUCCAAUGUGAGCACAAGUGCAAGAUUUUUUACUGGAACGAGCGGGAAAUGUGCAAAAAGCAGUGCAAAUUGAGAUUGGAAUUCGAUUUGGUGUCAAUGACGUCAGAUUUGAAGCGAAAUUUCGAUUUUUUCGUGCAAUCCUCGGCCAUUCAGAAUUUUCGAAUGAAAUAUCGCAAAUUUUUGUGAUUUUUUUGGAAUUUUUUUUUGUAAAAAGUCGAAAAAACAGAGGAAAAUGUAGAUUUUUUUCACUUUUCUGGAAAAAUUACGUUUUUUUUCAGUUUUUUCUCAAUUUCUGUGCUUUUUUUGCCAAUUUUCUCAAAUAAAACAAGCAUUCAUUAA